AUGUUUUAUUUUGAUAUUGAUAUUUUUCAGACAUUUAUCUGCUUCGAAUGUACUCCGCUGAGGAAUCUGUGCACUCAUCAAAGGCUACUCAAUCAUCGUGCCAAAUUUCAUCGUGGCGUUAACUCUGGCUUCAAAUGUAACAUGUGUGCACAGAAAUUUCUGACACCGCGGAAACUCCGAAAGCAUAAAAAAAUGGCACAUGUCUUUACGAAAACAUUUGGUUGUCAUUUUUGUGAUGAAUUAUUCACCAGCGAAUGCUCCGUGACGACGCACGAACGCAUUCACACGGGUAUCAUCAAGUUCGAAUGCAAAAUUUGCGAUUUCAAGUGCAAUCGUUUCAUUUGGAUGGAGGAGCACUCGAAGGAGGAGCAUGGCUACAUCUGCUCGGUGUGCCAAAUUAAAUGUGCCGAAUGGGGUGCACUGAAAGACCAUACAUUGCAGGAGCACGGUGGUUAUUUGACCAGUGAGUCCAAUGCAGGUUAUAUCGACAGCCCACGAGUGUGGGUUAUGUAUAAGGGCGAAUAA